CCAUAACACUUGCACAGAGUGAAACUGCUAUGUUGAUUGGAUUGAUAUACUCACUAACAAGGGGUUUCUUUCUUACGGUAUAUAGCUAGCAUAUGGCUAGAGGUCCUCCCUUGCUUCAGAAGUUGCAAUACAAAAGUCGUUCUCCGUACCUUUGGCUUCUCAGCAUCAAGAUAGAGGUAGCCUUGGCAUGAAAUCAUUCAGCGUUUAUGUUCUAGAUAACCAACGUUGCGAUUUUCAAUGACAUCGAAGUAGCCGAGAAUCCAUCUCUAUUGCUCUUCCUUCCCCAGGUACCUAGGCUAUUUGCUGUUGGCUGUGUGUACUUACCUAGUACCUUAGGUUGGUAGGUACCUAGGCACGGUGACCUGCCUUACCUUCCUUGAGAUAUGCCUUCAGUGCAUAACAUGGACAACUUCGUAACUUCCUUGCCACGUCCUAUCUUACUGACACCACGGCUCAAUGCAUCCGCCUCCUCAACAAUCCAUCCUCGGCCGCGCGCGAUCUUCCGGGUAACCAUCACUCUUGGUAUUUACACCUCAAACAAGACUCAUCAUGCUUUGCUCGUCCUUGCGGAAGCGAAGAGAAUGGGCAUCGGUGGUUCAUUCGCUAACAAGAAGCUCGUCAAAAUGGAAAGUAACCUGGAGGCUUGUGAUAUCACAUUUCCAGUCCUUGUUUCCAACAGCCCACCCGCUACCUUCAGAGCAAUUGUCUCUUCAUUGUCGGGACUCCAGUCUUCUGAGGAAAAGGCGCGCGUGGGAAGACUGGCGGUUAUGAACGGGGGAGAGCAUAUCGCCGUGAUAUUGCUUUUGGAUGGUUAUAAGCCCAUGGAGUUGUUUUCUCGGCUGCAAGUUGAGAUGCUUUAUUCGGAUUGUCCCAUUCCUAUGAUCCCCAUUUCUACGACCCAAGAUUUCGCCGGCUGCCUUGAAUCUCUCAGGUGGGAUUACAAUAGGAAGAGUUCCGCUCUCGAUGCUGAACAAGAAGCACCUCAUGAGAGUUUGGUAGGCUGGUGUGUCGAAGGCAAACCUCUUUCAAGAGACCAGGUCAAUGUCCUGACCGGAAUCACCUCCGGGUUCAGAGGAUUCGCCGACCUUCACUCCAGCCCAGGCGGCCGAGCUACAAUUUGUGAAUACCUAGGGGAUAGCGAUGGUGAACGAGUCAUCUCGUUUCUCUUCAAUGGCCCGUCUCACGUCUGCAAGCAACUAGAGGCAUCAGAUGCACCCAAUGUGUGA